CAUUGCCCUAUACGUCAUAGCUCGUUUAUUCAAAAUUGAUUACCCAUGAAAACUUGUUCUGACUUGCCCAAGUACGUCAUCGACCCCCAUCGCUUCACACACUGACCUAGGCCAAUUAUUGGCUUAUACGUCAUAGCUCAUUAAUAAAAUAUUAAUUACCACGAAAACAUGUUCUGACUUGCACAUGUACAAACUACACACAUGCACACACACACAUACACACACAUACGUCAACACAUUUACGAAGAGUUGAAUAAUGGCGUUCCGUUGCGACCAAUGUGACAAAGUCUUCCAACAAAAGCGUUCGCUUAACCGACACAAACAAUCGGUGCACAGCAAGUCACCUGCCUACCGCUGCGGUGUGUGUGGAGACACCUUUACUCGACGCGAUAGCUUGAAGCGUCACGAAAAGCAACACGACCCCCUUAACAGUUUUCAACAUGUAUGCAAUAUCUGCUGUAAGAUGUUUGCGAGGCGUGACAAGUUGAUUGAACAUCAAAGGGUUCACAAGGUUCACUCUGAAACACUGUCCGCUUCAACUGGCAGUCCAACGUCCUCCUCAACACCACAAUCACAUGGUAGGAUAAAAAAACGCGAAGACGGCGACGAGGCUGAAAAACCUUCAAAACAAGUACGACGUGAAGCGACAUCGGCGAGUGAGAGCUCUGACCUUCUACAAGAGGAUCCGUUGGAGAUACGGGACGACCUGGUAACACCAGUCGAAGAAGAAGAAGGGCGAGGCAACGCAGCCCUAAUACAACUGUACAGAGAGAAGUGGCAGUUUAUACGCACCCAAUUCAAGAGAGGUCGGAAAAUCCAGGACGAAUACAACUUCCGUCUACACACCACCACCAUCGACGAAUUGUCCAGCAAAGCAUGGGCUGUCUUUCGUGACCAAAACGCAACAUUUAAGCUAAGUGUGUCGUUUGGUUUUAUCGUGAGAAACAACGAAACUGGUGAACUCCGGUACUAUUACGCUUGUAACAACAACAACCAUUGUUUCCUGAAGGAACCGGUGUUGGUGGAAAAUGAAGAUGGGGUAAGAGACUUCUUGGACAAAGUGACUACCAUUGACAUUCUGGAAUGUGCUCGUCAACAGCGGCCAGACUCUAAGUGGACUGUUGAGGCAGUUCCUAACGUAACGUUUUACGUGGCCAAACUGAAAGGACAUCCCAUCGGCACGGCACCCUGCAGUCUCCCCUCAUACCUCGUGAACAGUAAAGCUGUUGAUCCGUUACACCGUGGAUCAAAUGGCCCAUAUCAGGACAACUUGUGUUUCUUCCGCUGCGUUGCAACACACUAUGGCGGUAGUUCCAAGGAUCUGGAGGCCGCCACCAAGAUCCAAUUCCAGAAGUUCCUGACCAAGACGGACAAAACAAAAGACAAGUUCCAGGGGGUGACGUUGGGGAUGCUGGACGAGUUGGAAAGGGUGUUUCAGCUUAACAUUUACGUGUAUUCUCUUCAACCGAACGACGAAGAUACCGGCAAAGUUAAUGAUUACUUUGCCAACCUCGUCAGACACCCUCUGUCACGGUACAAGGGCACCAUGACCUGAACCGUACCAAA